AUGGCGCGUAGUUACAUCAACAUCCAUGAGAGUCGGCGGACUUUCGAGAAUCACUUGCAUUCCCAACGAAAGAAGCAGCAAUCUGAUGAAGCUCGAUUGCAAGCUUAUAUGUUACUGAACGUGUUUCUGAACCGAAGAGACCAGAAUAAGGACCGUUUCCCUCGCAACGUGUUUAUUACUUCAAAAUACACUCCGUGGAACUUUCUUUUUAUCAACCUUUUUGAGCAGUUCAGCCGCGUUGCCAACUUUGUUUUUCUAUUAGUCACGCUCGUUCAGCUAAUUCCUGGCGUUAGUCCCUUUAACAUCUGGUCCACACUUCUUCCUCUUAUCUUCAUCCUGCUUGUCACUGCGAUCAAGGAGGCCUGGGAAGAUUAUCUGCGCCACAAAGCGGACAAAAUCACCAACAACGUGAUGUACAAACGCAUUCUCCCGGAUGGAAGCAUGCAGCAGAUUCCUUCUUGUGAAAUUGUUCCGGGCGAUGUUAUUGUUCUGGAGGAUCAGGAAGCGAUCCCCGCGGAUAUUUUAGUGUUGGCGUGCAGUGAUUCGGACGGAACAUGCUAUGUGGAUACGAGUUCGUUAGAUGGCGAGACGAAUUUGAAAGAGAAGCAGGCAGUUUCGCUCACGAAAAAGGUCGAUUCGCCCUCUGCGUUGGGUCAAAUCAACGGGACUUUGACAUGUCAAAUCCCUACCAAAGAAUUGUCCGUUUUCCAGGGUAUUUUCGCAGUGAAGCCAGAGGGUGGCGGAAAUGAUCUGGAAGAAUCGGUAGACUCGAAGAACCUUCUGUUGCGCGGCAGCAUUCUCAAGAACAGCAACUGGGUGGCUGGGAUGGUGGUGUACACAGGCCGACUCACGAAGCUUUCGUUGAAUAUGAACAUUUCCAAGUUCAAGUUCAGCGGGAUCGAGACGAGUCUGAACUCGUUCGUUCCCAAAGUGCUCUUUCUGCAGCUCGCACUGACGCUGGUAUGCAGAGCUCGCUCGUUUGGACAUAGAUUUGCUGCAGCUGCGCGCGAAUCCAUUCGGCCGCUCUAUGAUUGGCUCUUCGACUUCUUCACAUUCUUCAUUCUCUUCUCCUACUUCGUUCCCAUGUCGCUCUACGUCGUCUUCGAAUUCUCUCGCACGCUGCAAGCUUUCUUCAUGGAAAAUGAUCUGGACAUGUACGUCGAAAACGAAGGCGGAAUGCACGUGAGCACCAGCUCGCUGAACGAGGAGCUCGGCAACGUAGAGUUCAUUCUCUCCGACAAAACGGGCACCAUGACCAAGAACAACAUGCAAUGCUUCGGCUUCAGCAUGGGCGGCAUCGAGUUCAUCGACAGCGACUUCCCCACGCCGCUUCCCGAAGGCGUCUCCGUCGAAUCGCUGCUGCGAAAGCGGAACCAGGGGAACGAGCUCAGCAAUCUGGAGAGGGAAUACGUUCUGAACUUCCUCCGCGCGAUCUUUCUCUGCAACAGCAUCAAGCCGGUCGAGCAGGACGGUCGCACGGUGCUGCGCGCCGAGUCUGCGGACGAAGAAGCGCUUCUAUCGGGCGGAAUGAAGCUCGGCUGGGAGUUGCUGCUGCGCACGAAGGACACGGUGAUUAUCCGGGAAGGGUAUCCAAGCUCGCCGGAUGAAUCGGCGCAGGACGGCGUGCAUAAGUUCGAGCUGCUCGAAGAGCUUCCGUUCACGAGCAGUCGACAGCGCAUGACGAUCUUGGUUCGCGAUACGUGGAACAAUAAGAUCUGUCUGUACAGCAAGGGAGCCGACAGCAAAAUGCUUUCGCUGUCGUGCGAUGAAGAGGAAAUGGUGAAGUACGGAGUUGGAGAGAUGGCUGAGUCGCUUUACAAGCAGGGAUAUCGACUGCUGCUCGUGGGAGGGAAGUAUGUGCUGGAGUCGGAAUUGGAGGAGUGGGAGCACGAGCUGGACAAGGCGAAGAAAUCGAUGAAGCAUCGCGAGGAAAACAUCGAGAAGGCGUUCGUGUACAUCGAGCGCGAUCUGAGCAUUCUGGGCGCCACGGCGGUGGAGGACGAGCUGCAGGACUGUAUUCGAGAGGACAUUCAGCUGCUGCGCGAGGCGGGCAUCACUGUGGCGAUGGCGACGGGCGAUAAGAAGGAGACGGCGAUGAUCAUCGCGCGGAAUUGCGGACUGCUCACCGACUCCAUGCAGCUCUUCGAUCUCACGGGGAGCAAGGAGCAUGUCGCGCUGCAGCUGGACGCGGCGUUGGAGCAUUCGCACUACAAGCAGCAUCUUCGGAUCCAAGAGUACAACGCCAAGAAUCAGAAAUGGUCGCAGCGUCUCCUUCAACUCUGCUCAACGCGUCGGUCCAACGCGUCGCCGCGGCUCGAUCCCUACGCGCCCUUCGCGCUCAUUCUCGACGGCAUCUCGGUCGACCAGCUCAUCCGAUCGCAGCAGGCUCCGUUCAUCUAUGCGAUGCGCAAAGCCACGACGGUGAUCUGCUCUCGCAUGUCCCCGAAGCAGAAGUCCCGCGUGAUUUUGCUGAUGAAGAAGGAGGGACUGUGCUGCCUGGCGAUCGGCGAUGGAGCCAACGACGUGUCGAUGAUCCGCGAGAGCUCGGUGGGCGUGGGAGUGAAAGGAAAGGAGGGCAACGCGGCAGUGAACAACGCGGACUACAUCAUUCGGAAGUUCCACCAUUUGAUCAAGCUGCUGUUCGUUCAUGGUCGCAACAAUUACCGAGGAAACAGCUACAGCGUGUAUCUCGCUUUCUACGAAAACAUCACGUUCAAUAUUCCGCUCGUGGCGUCUGGCUCCGUCUCUCACGCUCUAGUUCUUCAUCAGCUGGUUCACGAUGUUUUCGGGACAGACGAUCUAUUCUUCCUUCCAGCUCUCCACGCUCUACUUCUUCACCUGUCCCACGUUCGCCUCCUUCGGAUUCUUCUUCCAGGACCUCACCAAGCAAACGCUGCUCUCUCAUCCCGAGAUCUACGCGCUCAGUGCCCGUAUCCACGUUUCCACGUUUCCACAUAG